UAACUCAGCUGUCAAGGAGUUAGAUAACCUCAAAUUUAUUUUCGAUAAGUUGUUUGGAAUUGUUAUUAAAUUUAGUCAAUUUAAGAUAGAAUUCGGAUUCCUUGUGUAUUAUAAACAUUAAAAGGAUGUCUGCAGCCAAAAGAGUGCAGCAAUGGGCCACUUUUGCUCGUACUUGGCACAUAUUCGACUGCAAAUGGCAAGAUCCCUAUGAUUCCGCUAACGUUAUAAAGAAGUAUCUGAUGGGUUUACACAAACCCAUUUAUCACCCAAUGAACGACUCUGGCGAUGUAGUUGUAUGUAUAAACAGCAAGGAAAUAGCUUUAAGAGGUGAUGAGUGGAGGAAACGAGCCUAUUUCCACCACACCGGGUACCCUGGCGGUGCUUCUUGGACUUUGGCGUGGGAACUUCACAAUAAAGACCCUACCUUGAUCAUAAAAAAAGCUGUCUACAGAUCAAUGAAAGGCAACCUUCAGAGGCGUCACACGAUGCAAAGAUUAUUUAUAUAUCCUGGAGAAGAAGUGCCUCAUGAUGUGAUGCAGAAUGUCACAAAUCAGAUAAGACAGCUGCGAUUUGUACCAACAAGGCUUGACCAUAUACCUGAAGAGGUCACCAAGACUUACCCCAAAGUCAUGGACUUCCCAGAAGAUUAUGUACUGAAAUGAACUACCUUAGACCAUGUUAAUAUAUUAAGUAGAUAAGUUUAGAUUGAUAAUAAAUUAAUGAGGAUUGA